GUGGUGGUCUGUGGUCUUGUGUACAUAGUAAUAAAAUCUUACUGCUUCUAAUAAUUUUAAAAAGGAAACUGAUUUUUCAUUCCAAAAUCUUUUAAAAUACCUAAUUUAUUUAGCUAUUAUUGGAGACCCGUUUGUAGAAAAUAAAGUUUAAAGAAAAUGUACAGUGUUGGGUUACCUGAAGAUUGUGCGAAACAAUGGGAAAUUUUGUUGUUGUUAUUAUCCUCUGAAGAGAAAAAAAUCGAUCGCACAACUGAGGAUGAGAUCGAUACAAUGAAUUAUUUUUACAAUAACGAAGGAGUCAGAAAAAUCUUACUUCAUUGGUUGAAACAAAUGCAAAAUGCGUAUUGUAGAAAAACAAGUGAAUUAGACACAGCUUUAAAAUGUGAUGAUAUUUCUUUACUGUGGAGGCAAAAAGGCAAUGACAAGUUUCGAACCAACUAUGUAGAAGAAAGUUAUAAAUGCUACACAAACAGUGUAAUGUAUGCUGAACACAACAGUCUCAUGUAUUCACUCGCUCUAGCAAAUAGAUCUGCUGCAUUACUACGAAUGAAGAGAUUUCAGGAAUGCCUAUCCGAUGUUGCAUUGGCCAUUGAGCAUGGUUACCCAAUAGAACAGCGGCACAAAUUGCUUCUACGCCGCGCCGAUUGCCACAUCGAAUUACAACAACGAACCGAAGCCCGCGUGUCACUCGAUUCUGCCAUUCAACAUGCAAUUUCCCUUAACCUUUCUGCUUCAAAUGCUUUGGAAUUUGAACGACACAUAAAAAUAUUGGAAAGGAAACUAGAGUCUGUGAAAGAAGAUGGCAGCACAAAUGAAACAGUUGUUCUUCCUGACUGGUAUCGGGGCGUGAAUCCCAACUUUAAUGCAGCUUCUAACGCCAUCGAAUUAAGACGCAGCGAUUCGGCUGGCAGACACGUAGUUCUUACGGAGGGCGCGCAACGCGGCGACGUCCUGUUCUCAGAGGAGCCGUACGCGUGGGUCGCCCUGCCCUCCGAGGAAUCAGUAUGCGAGAUGUGUUGCGCGGGCGACAUCAAUCCAGUGCCUUGCAACUUGUGUUCGCGCAGCGUGUACUGUGGGGAGAGGUGCCGCGCGCGCGCCGCGCAGAGCUUCCACCGCUGGGAGUGCGUGGCGGCGCAGUGUGCCCUCUUCCCCACUAUAGGCAUCGCACAUUUAGCUUUAAGGGUUUUACUUAUAAGUGCACACAAUGGCUUCCCAGAGCCGCCGCGGCUUCUGCCCAAGCCUUCAUCGGCGGCAGAACUGUUCAGAAGUUACGCACAAGUCGACAAUAUACAAAUAUAUAAACAAGAUUCGCCCUCGUUCUAUAGGAUGUUCAAUCUUGUUACAAACUUUGAUAAAAUGAACAGGACGGAUUAUGUACAAUAUGCCUUGACAGCGACAAUGCUGACCCUCUACUUGGAGAACUACACUUCGUUCUUCGAGUAUCUACCGAGUAAAGUGCCGCUCAGUGCGGAUACUGACGAGAUGCGACUGUUCGGUGCUGCCUUGCUGCUGCGCGCGCUCGGGCAGCUGGUGUGCAACGGUCACGCCACGCUUAGCCUCGCCACCGUGGACGACGAUGACGGGCGCACAGUGAGCGAGCGCGAAGUGCGACGUGCGACCGCCAUAUUCCCCUCCGCAGCGAUGAUGAACCAUUCGUGUGACCCCAACAUCAUUAAUACGUUCUACAAGAGCCGGCUGAUAGUUCGCUGCGCGCGCGAGCUGUCGGCGGGCGCGGAGGUGCUCAACUGCUACGGGCCGCACCGCGCGCGCGAGCCCACCGCGCAGCGCCGCGCGCAGCUGCGGGCGCAGUACAUGUUCGCGUGCGCCUGCUCCGCCUGCAGCGACGCCGACAGGAGGGACUUCGCUUUGGUGUUCAGCGCGUAUUCAUGCGCGGGCUGUAAAGGCCCGGUGUGGCGGCGCGGCGGGCGCGCUCGCUGCGGACAGUGCAAGGCGGAGCUGCACACGGAGCGCGUGCUGGCGCAACUGGAUCGCGCCGACGAGCUGGCCGCGCAAGUGGAGCAAAUGAGCAGCCUCGAAGAGAAGUGCGAGAAGCUGCAGGCGUCGUACAGACUGAAGCAGCAGGUGUGGCACCGACACCACGCCUCGCUGCGCGCCGCCGCCGACCGCCUCGCGCGCCUCUACGCUGAGCUCGGUGAAUUUGGAAAAAGUAUGGAGCUCAUAAAGCAAAACAUCCAGAGCUUAGAAUACCAGUUUGGAUCCUUUAGUGUAGAGGUCGCUCACGAACUAAGAAAACUGUCCGACGUUAUGUUAGAGAGAAUACUCAACACUCCACAACACUUGGAACACAGGGAAUGGUGUUUGGAAGCCAACAAAAUAAUAAAAAAAGCUGUACAGCUGAUGGAACUGAACUACGGAUCGUGGGAGCCUUUGGUAGCGCGACUCAAAGAACAGCAAGAGUUCGUGGCGGCGCUGCUCGCUAAGAGCAGUACUCCGGACGCCGCUAACUGCAUCCACCAUAACCUGCAUUACAACUUGAAAAUAUAAUAACCAAGAAAUAUGAGCAGUGAUACCUUAUAUUAGAUUCAAGGCGGAAACACAUUAGUGACAUCCGACGCCACCCGACGUGACGUGCCAUUGCCGUGACAUUACCAACACGCGAUUCCACGACACGCUAGCAAUUUUUCAAGUCAGUUGAAAACAGUAGAGGGUUUUAUAGUGUUUUUAUCUAUGGUAGUAAUGUGUAUGGUUGGUUGUUGCAGUUGCGUGCUAUGGAUUUAAUAAACAAUAUCAAUGAGUCUGAUGAAUAUAUGAUGCAAAUUUUGGAGAUAUGUAUUGUCCUUAAAUUAAUUAAGAAAAAACGCGUUGCGUGUGCGUGCGUCACGUGGCAUCCAUCGGGUGUUAGAUGAGUGUCUCUGGCCAUAUAAAAUAGUAUGAUUUCAUGGAGCCCAACACGCGUCAGGUCACGUCGGGUGUUGGUAGUGUGUUUCCCGCUUGGCAAAAAAGUGUAGAAACGGAACUAACUUUUUCCCCUCUUACAACACUGUUCAACUUGUCAGUUGUUAGUGUCAAAAGUCAAAGUAAAAUUAAUAGAUUGUGGAAAAUUAUCGGCUGUGAACUAAUGUUAUUGUGGCACAAGAUGAAUAUGACAAUCCGUAAUGGUACCUGCCAAGUUAUAUAUAUCACGUUUUUAGGAGAUGUCUGGCAGAAUUCGAAGCCAAUUCGUUGUUGUCGGAUCUGGACAAUGUUUACCGAAGAACGGCUGAGAUGAGAGAUUUGUAUUUAUUUUAGAGUAGGUACUAUAAAUGUUGAGCUCUGAAGUAUUUUACAAUAUUGACAUGUUUUUGAAGCUUUUAAUAAGUGUUUUCGUGAUAAUUUUGUCAGCUUUGAUAUAGAUACGUUUACGUUGUCAAUAUUCGUGUUGCCAUAUUGGCGAUAAUAGCGCCCCUAUUAAUUUCUACUCUUUUUUGCGAAGUUAUAGAAUAGUACGGCUGACAGGCGUCACUUUAAAUUUCAAACCAAUUAUAGAAGGACCAGUAUCGCAGCCAUAAUAAUCAAGAGCGUAAUUAACUGUCAUUUUUUGAGGAAAAAAUCUAUUCUAUAGAGACAGUUUUUAUAAGAUCGUUGAUCAUAUACUUUGACAGUAGGGUCUAGCGGGUCCUAUACAAUAAUUGGUCUGAGUUAUGAUUGUAUAUUCGGAUUGUAGGCAAAAUAAUAUACGCCUUCAUAACAUCCGUCUCUCUAAAAACAUAUUCAUAAUAUCGAAUAUCGAUUGUAUAUUCGAUGUUAUAAAUAGUGGUAUACUUCAUACUCUGUCAACGCUUCAGAUAAGUAGAGUAUUUUGUGUUAUUGACCAUUGACCUCUUAUAUUAAAAGGACGCACAAUCAUGUAGAAAAUUUCACUUUGAAACUGGCCAAUUUUGCUUUGACAGUUUUAGAAUUAAUGGUAAAGAAAAUUAUACCUAAAGACCUUUAAAUAUAGUCCAAUCUAAACUAAUAUAAUAAAGAGGUAAAGUUUGUAAGUUUGUCACAUUCUUUAAAUGGGGUAAUCUUCGGAACUACUGGUCCAAUUUCAAAAAUUCUUUCACCAGAAGAAUGCUACAUUAUCGGGGAGUGCUAUAGGCAUAUAUAUAUAUAUAUAUAUAUAUUUUUUAUAUAGGUAUCAUAUAUAUUAGCCGAGUUAUCACAGUUUUUGUCAUACAGGUCGGACCGAAAAUCCUCUUAAACAGACUUAUUCGCAUGCGCUGCCUUAAAUAUUGUGUAAAAUUUAAAUUAAUGUAUAGAGACUUUAUGUAUCUUUAAAAUUUCUACAAAAAAGUCCGCGACACCAUAUAUCUAUCUUCUAUGUAUUAGCAGAUAUAGGCACCUUUUGUGUUUUAAAAAUUAUUAAUUUUAUAUACAUAGAUUUACGUCAUUAUUUAUACUACUAAACUUUAAUCCUUAAUAAAAAAAAAUAUUUAAUAAUCACAAGGAUAUUAUGGAGAUAAGAUUUGCCCUUUACAGUAUGUUAAUUACUUAAAUAGUUUCGGAGAUAAUACAAAAUUUCUAAAAGACGCAGAAAUUCCGCUAUAUGACGCCCCGCGCUUUCAUUUACGUAGCUCCCGUUCCCGUGUGAAUAUGGGGAUCAAACAUAGCCUAUGACACCCGCAAAUAACGUAGCUUUCUAUUGGUAAAACAAUUACCCAAAUCGGUCCAGUAGAUCCAGAGAUUACCUCCUACAACCACACAAACUUUACCUCUUUAUAUUAUUAGCAUAGAAGUCUCUAUUUCCCUUGGUCAUCACACCACUCUCGAAGGGCUGAACCGAUUUUGCUAAGGGUAGGAGUAAGAUAGAGAAUUUAUAGAGUAGGGUAGGGUACGGGUAGGGAAGCGUAGGGGUAGUGUAUUGGUAGGGUAGGGGUAGGUUUCGGGUAGAGUGGGGGUAAGGUAGGGGUAGGGUAGAGGUAGGGGUUGGGUAGGGUUGGGGUAGUGGUAAGGUAGGGGUAGUGUAGUGUAAGGGUAGGGUAGUAAAGUUGACAUCGAAUUUUACGCGGACGAAGUCGCGGGCGUCCGCUAGUAUUCAAUAAAAUCGUAAAUUCAGAGCAAAUUCAACCUUAAGGAUUGAGUUUGGUUGGAAGGUUGAAUUUGCAAAUGCGACUACUUGAAUUGAGUGCCAAGUUGAAGUGAGUUGUAUUUGGCACUCAUUGAGUGGGGACGUUUUUUGGUCACUGAUUGUGCAUCCACUUUUUAAUAGGAGAUCGAUGUUUAACACUUAUAAAUUCCUCGCACGUGGUUACAUAAUAUAUAGACAUUUAAUUAUUUUUUCAAGACUUAAAAAUACUGAGAAUUAUUAUAAUGGAUAGCAAAUAAUAUGGAACUAAAAAUUUUUGUCAUGGCAUAGCAUUUUACAGUCCUAUGCAGUUCAAUGAUGUCUGUCAUAUAGAAAAAAGUAUCAUGUUAGUUGACUGGACUAUAAUUUACUAUUACAAGAUGUAUCUACCAGACUAUAUGUAAAGCACAUAAUAAUUAUAGUCACUACAAGCAUUAUGUAAUUGCACAUAGUUUGCACAGUAGGAAACUAUAAAACGACAGACAAAUUACUGUAAUGUUUUAACUGUAUGAAGCAACGAAUUAUAAUCUGUAAAUGGACGAACUAUAAUUUAAAUAUUAAUUUUAUAGUAGUUAUUUAUCACAUAAAUGCGAAAGGUCACUUUCUUCAUGAAAUUUUGAAAACCAACAUACAAAGAUGAUAUUUGGCAAGAGGGUGUUUAUAGUCAGGACUUACUAAGAACAGAUUUUGCGACAGGGCCGGAUAAAGGAAGUCUAUAAAGGCACUCGCAAGUUUGUAUGAAAGUCCUUCAUUUUUUAAAUUAGAUAACAAACUUAGAAAUAAAUUAAAAACCGAAAUAUAUUGUUUAAUAAAAGUAGCGUUUCAUUUUUACAGUCCUUUAGUAUGUAUAUAUGUAUUUAUUGAACUUAAAAUAUAUACUUACAAAUCAAAAUGUAACUUUAUUUUGAUUUGUAAGUAUAUAUUUUAA